AUGACUUAUCGCCCGGCAUACACAUUUGAUGAGCCAUUCGCUGGAAAUGGACCACAGAUCGCUGUGGUCUUCGCCAUUGUAAUUGGAGGUGUCGUUCUGUUGGCUGCAGUUGUCGUUGCGAUUUAUAUGGUUGUCGUUAAAGGAAUGAGAGGAGAUGACAAACAGCGGCUACACUCUGGAAGGAAUUCUGCGCAAUGGGCACAACCACAACAGCAAUACAGAGAGCAACCAGCUUCUGACUUCGCCUACAAUCCAGCACCAACUCAGAACUUUGACUACAACGCCCAAAUCCGUACCCCAGUCAACGCGACCUCCUACACGCCAGUUCCCUCGGUGACUCCAUACAACGUCGCUCCCCAACAAUACUCGAACGUCCCACUGGCCACGCCCACCACCCAACAAUACGUUCAGAGCCAGGCGAUUCCACAGUACGCUCCAGACGUGAUCUACACUCAGGGACCAACUGGAUACGUUCAACAACAACCAGUGGAGUACAGUAUUCAGCGUCAGUCUCCUGGAGCGAACUUUGUUCAGUCUUCUGUUUAA